AUGUCAGCGGAGACUUGCGCACACAUUCAGCUCCCUGUUGUGCAAAGCAACACCUCUCCUGCGGCUGUCUUGAAGAACAGGCGCAAAAUCGAAGAUGCUUUGGGUAGUGCGUCCUUGGACGUUCUCAACUCUGUCACGCAGUUGUACGACAAGUCUGAAGCCAGGAGCAACGACAACCGAAAGACAGUUCAACCAGCCAUGGUAGUGACGUUCACAGCACACCAUGCGAACCCCUGGCACCAGUCCAAUGCGUUUACUACUGGCACGAUUGGGCCCGCGAAACUGAUUGCAGUCGCCAAUAUGCUCGGUGUUGAUCGUGAACAUGGACCGCCAUCUGUUGGAGCCCGUACUGAGCAGCAGGCCGAAUUUGCCCGUGCCGCCCUUGAACGUUUGUUGGCACUUCGGAAGCCAGAGGUCCACUACUAUGGCAUGCUGCGUGAAGAGCAAGAGGAUGUCAAGACACAGCUUGGAACUCAGCUCUACAACCACUGGGACCAAUCGUCCGAAGCUCCUCCGAAAGUGCGCCCGCGUGAAGCGCUUGAAGCUCCAGUCUUGCAGGCUUUGGCGUGGAACAAUGGCGAGGUCCACUUCCCGGACCAGUUGCUAAACAAGUUCCCCGCCAAUUCUCAGGAGCGAUCAGACAUGCUGAAAAUCAAACAUGAGCUGGCAGACUUCUUUCGAUCAAGCAUGCCCGUUGUGAAGAAGGAGGAGCUUGAAAGCUCGCCUGCAGCCAAGCCAGGGACUGUGCCGGCUGUUAGUCCGGGGAGAGGACCUGCCCCUCGUGCUGUUGGUCGCCCUGAUUGGUCAAUCGAGGACGGCGCGAGGCCUGUGCAGUGCGAUGCUCCUAUCCGGUUGGAACAUGUCCCGGCAGCAUCCUUCGGAGUUACCAGGUUGGCGCAGACGGCCAUGACCAAGAACAAGCCCACUUUGGUUGUGUCCUCCACAUUCGAACUUUGGGUUGGCAAUGAAGGAUAUGACGAAAUCACAGUGACUCGUGACAUAAUGGGCUUUCACAAGGGUGAUUACAGCGAGAAGGUGGUGGCAGGCGACGGUUCUGGUGAGCGGAAUGCCGUGUGCUUCCGCUUGCUGAGUGACAAGGACAUUGUCUCCCACGAAAAAGUUUUCAUGAGCUUGGCAGACUAUUUCCAUUUCUUGUCGGCAACAAAGGGCGUGGCUGAAGUGGAGCUUAUGAAUCAUGUGAUGAAGCAGAAAACGUAUCCAGAAACCCCCGCGGCAGCGGAUGGAGACGACACACAGUGCCAGACGGAUCCUUUACCUGUACCUUACCGGUACAACCUGACCGCUUUGAAGUCCGGACUUUGCACCGUGUUCAAACCUGCUGCGUUGUCUUCUGACGAAGCAGGCGAAAGUAAGACAGUGAGGCGGGGGUCAGAACAAAUCUGA